CCAUUAUGCUAGAAUAUAAUUUUCUUUGUUAUUAAUAGCCUAUGCCUUUACUGGCUAGCCUAUGUUCCAUGCUGAUCCGUUCCACGGUUUUGCCAUGGUUCUCUUGUAGCUUGGCCGGGUCUUAUUACACAUUUGUGAAGGGCGGGCCUUUAAUGUGUUGCUGCUACAGGGAUACCAAGAUGGAAAUCCAGGGGCUUGCUGAUGCCCAAAACACUCACUAUCAACAUGGCGUCCCACGUAGAACAGGUUUGUCUCCGGCGAGAUCAACGACGGGGGCAUGUUCUAGCGCAAUUUCGAACGAAAACGAAGUGGGAGCGCUUUCUGAGUCUCGUAAAACGCACAGUGACAACAACAACAACAGGCCAAGGACCUCUCCAUUUCGCCUACUGGCAGAAAAUGGCAGUGGUGUCUGUCUGCCUGUACUCAAUAAGGCAAACGGUAAAAAUAUUCACAUGCAACUCCAGCCGCAAAGCCAUGCUGGGAAUAGUGGGAGUCGUAACGUGACAGUGGUGAAGGACAAGGAUUUUAGUGGGUUACAAACAACCUCCGACUUCGUAAGAGGCGUUUCAAAAUACGACGUGGAGAACGAAGAUCGCUCAUUGCAAAUGGCGCUGCCGCUCUUUGACGGGGAAGAUGGCUACUCUGAGCAUUCGCAGCAGUGUCAGCAGCUAACGUUAAACAAGAGUUUACGGCAGCAACAUCUAGACGGCGCCACCCUUCAGCAAUCACUGGUAAGCGAAAAUACAGUAACACUGAGGAGCAACAAUACAGGCGUAGCCAGCGCCAGAACUGAUGAAUUGUAUGUGGAUUUCAAUGUUGUACAGGAAGGAGAUGUUAACACGGCUCGGAGAGACCAGCCAGUCCCUUGCUUGACUAAAGAUGGGGAGCGGGUAAACGGUAAGGCCGCGGAAUCCUCCGAAAUCAAGACGUUCAGUUCAAUGGAGGUGCACAGCACACCACUACUUCUGGAACAGGAUGAUGAGUUGAAUGUUAUUAGCCGAACACUUGCUUCACAACCCACGCCACUGUCAGAUGUUAGUUUUAUUAGUGCUUCCGAGCGAGUGUCAGAUUCUACUGUAACAGACGUAACGAGACAGGGAACGUGUCUUGAGUCUGAAAAUGGAAACAUUGUUUUGUCGAACGAAUAUGGCGAGACGGUUCGUCAUACCCAUCUCUCUCGCGAAAUAAUUUCUGAGAAUGACCUAACAUCCACAGUGUUAGCUUCAAGCGAGCUGUCAUCUCAGUCAUUGACAAAGAGUGCCUCACCCAUGAUUACGACAAACGAGGAUAUUAUGGAUUCGGUAGAGAUGCCUGACGCUGGAAACAACUCGGAGUACAUGUCCGACUUCACAGGCUUAUCAGAAGCUUCAGCCAGCGUAGACAACCGGGCCUCAAGUGGCAUUGCGCCAGCAUCGUCCCACGAGACGUUCUCAGGCACAAUCAUGAUCAACAACCAAAGUAUCAUCGUCACAAUUGAGAACGGAGUGCUGACCUUAGCCGCACCCCCCGAGGGUUACACGUAUAAAGACGACGGGAUGGUCAGUCUGAAAGAGCAUCUUGGCAUGAAGGACCAUGAAGACAUUGUUCUUCUCAAUUAUGACAGUGGUACCAAAUCAAUAGGAAAGAUCAGCAACGUUGCUGUGAGCACGCAGCAAGAUGAGCCAAAAGCUGGCCUGUCUGUGAGUGACUCGGAGCUAAACCUGGCGGACGACUGCUCCCUUUCAGAAAUCGGUGCUCCUUUAGAUUCCUGCACUUCCAUCAAGCAGGAGGAUGUCAGGUUGUGUGGCAUGGACGAGGGUGGCCCCGUGGCAGUACAACCUCCUAAAAACGUCUCCAUGGUGACCGGUGAUGACGAGCUGCAUCCCGUGAGCCUAGUUGGUGUUGCGGGGCUGUCCAAAAAAGCCGCCCUGGUGACCUACUGCUGCCCGCAGCCUGGCUGUACGAGCAGCUUCCAGACGAGGCAAAAGCUGAAGCUUCACCUGCUCUUCCACACCGAGGAUCAGCGGCCCUUCAAGUGCACAGUGGAGGGCUGCGGCUGGUCCUUCACCACCUCCUACAAGCUGAAGCGCCACCUGCAGUCCCACGACAAGCUGCGCCCCUACCGCUGUGAGUGGGAGAACUGCGGCCGGCGCUUCACCACCGUCUACAACCUGAAGGCGCACGCCAAGGCCCACGACCGCGAGAACGCCUUCGCCUGCGAGGUGUGCAGUGAGCGCUUCCGCAGCGCCACGCGGCUCACCAACCACCAGCGGACUCACUUCGAGCCGGAGAGGCCAUACAAGUGCGAGUUUCCUGGCUGUGAGAAGACGUUCAUCACCUUCAGUGCCCUGUUCUCUCACAACCGAACGCACUUCAGGGAGACGGGCCAGUUCAGCUGCACUUUCCCAGGCUGUGAUAAGCGCUACGACAAGGCCUGCCGGCUCAAGAUCCACCUGCGCAGCCACACAGGCGAGCGGCCAUUUGUAUGCGACUCCGAGGCCUGUGGGUGGACCUUCACUAGCAUGUCAAAGUUACUGAGACAUAAAAGGAAGCACGAUGAUGACCGGCGUUUCACCUGCCCGGAGGAGGGCUGUGGCAAGUCCUUCACCCGUGCCGAGCACCUGAAGGGUCACAGCAUCACGCACCUGGGCACCAAGCCCUUUGAGUGUCACGUGGAAGGUUGCAAUGCUAAGUUCUCGGCCCGCAGCAGCCUGUACAUCCACUCGAAGAAGCACCGUCAGGAUGGUGCGUGUCUGCGCAGCCGCUGCCCCGUGGCUGGCUGCACCAAGCACUUCUCGUCUCGCAGCAGUCUCAGGAGCCACAUGUUCAAGCACCAUAACCUCAGCGCAGAUGUGUUGAGUCAGCUGGAGACUACCACCACCACCUUGACCCCCAGCAGCGAGCUGACCAGUGGUGCCCAGAAUACCGGCCCCAACGCAGGGCCCUCUGGAGCGGAGAUGGCCAGCCUGGACCUGACCUCCCUCUUCUCUAGUGUCCCUGCCGGGGCCGUGGCCGGUCCAGGGGCCAGUGUGGGCGGAUCAGGGGCCGCUGCCGCCUUCACCAUGGACAUGUCUCUGGUCAGCAGCGGGAUCCUCACCAUAGACCCAGCCUCGGUGGGCUCCGCGCUGGGGACCAAACCCGUGGACCCCCUGAUCCUGGCAGCCAGCACGGAUAUGGGCCCCCACGUGCUAGACACGGGCCCCCCCGGGGUGCUCCCUCAAGGGGCCCUGAACCUGGACGACGUUCAGACGGUCAACCCCGAAGCGCUUGGCUCGCUCACAGCCCUGGCCAUCCAGGGGCCCGCCGGUCCGGAGCAGCUGCAUGCCCUCAGCUCCUCCAGUUCGCUGGCCUCCGAGCCCCCUUCGUCCUCCCUCACCCCCGCGCUGUCUUCCUCACUCACACCCACGCUCUCUGCGUCUUCCACGCUCACGGGGACCGCUGUGCCAGACCUCCUGUCGGCGCCACUCAAAGCUGACGCUAGUGUUGGUGGUCGAGCCUCGGGGCCCCUGCUCAGCGGAGGGGUGGAGGUUCUGGAGCAAACGGACAGCAAGGGGAUGAACCAGUUUGUGUUCCCCGCUCACGGCAGCGCCUAUGGCAGCCAGAAGGACACUGAUCUGGGGGCAGUGACGCCAUGCCCCUUUCUGGACAGUGGUGGUUCGGCUCGGACUGAUUACAGAGCCAUCCAGCUGGCGAAGAAGAAGAAGCAGAAGACCCCAGCAGGCUCUGCAGGUGCAGGCCAGCGGAAGGGUAAAGGCGGUAAGGGUGGCAGCGCUGCUGUGCCUUUGGCUCCAUCCAGCGCACGCUUUGGGGAAGGAGGUGCCUCUGCCAGUGGGGGCUUGACCAUCCGAGACCCAGUGACUGGAGCUCAGUAUGUGCAGAUUCAGCUGUUACAGGAUGACCCUACCAGCGAUGGGGAUCUGGCAUUUCAGUUGAGCUCCCAGACAUCCAGCUCUCACUCACAGCUAACAGUUGAUCUGCCAGUUAACAUCCUUCAGGAGCCCUCCGCCAUGACAGAAGAUGAUAAUGGAUCCGACAACUCUCAGUUCGCAGGGAGCACCAUUAACCUGCAGGACUUGGAGUGAGGGCUCACACCCGCUGUCAGAGACCGCCGUCUCACACACCAGUCGGCAGACAAUGAACUGAAAGCCUGGACAUGGCCUGCCAGUUUUUGAUUCCAAAGGAAGACUUUCUUAACUUUUCUUGUCAUUAUUUGUACAGCUCUUUUAUAUCAUUAGUGACUUUAAAAGUAAUCAAACAUUUUUCAAUGGGAUGUGAUGCACCUUGGGAUGGAUUUGUCAUUGAUGUUGAGAUGGGGAAAUGUUUUUUACGGUUCGGAGUGUCUGGGGAAUGGCUGGCAACCUUGGUUGUUUAUUUUUAAGGUUAACAUCAAACUUGUUGUGAUAGACAAUUUUGUGAGAGUGGCCAGACACAGCAUAUCACAUCACCCAUGAACUCUGUGUGAGGCAUCAUGGCACUUCUUCUUUCAACCUGUCUUGUGGUUUUUGGUUAUGCCAUUUGGUGUCUCUUGGCACCAGUGCUCCUUUGCCUUUAACAUAACGUCUAAGCUUCUCUAUUAUGCCUUGUGCACUUAAGCAAAAACCAUGGAACAAAUGCUUCAGGCCCUCGGUUUUGGUGACAUUUUGUUUUAUGUUACUUGACAUUUAUUUUUGUAUUCCUCGUCUUUGAGACCUUAAAAUGAUGUAUGUUCCCAUGUUUAUAAAAAGAUAAAUGAAAUUAUGUUUUUUUUUUUUGUUUGUUUGUUUGUUUUUAUAUCUGUAAUGUAAGAAAUUAACUUUCUUGUUAUUUAUUAGGUUGGAUUUACAUGACUGAGCAAUCAAGUUGAUUAAAGGUUUCAAUACCUAUGA